ACAAGUAACAUUAGUGAAUUAGUCAUUAAAUACCUACAGAUGUUGACUAAUAUUUUCGACUAGUUUUGUGGUAUUAUUUGUUUUUAAAAGUGUAUUAAAUGUAAGUUUUAAUUAUGGAAAUGAAAUCUAUAAAAAAAAAUAGUUUUAUCUAUGAGCAAUAAAAUUUAGUUUCAGAAACUCAAAACUAUAUUUUUUUUUAAUCAAAAUGCCGGAUUCAUGGGGUAGUUUUAUGAAUCAACCUUCUCGAGGUUGGCUACAUCCAGAUACUGUUAUAACAAGAAGUAGUGUUUGCUAUGAAGUUCGAUAUAUUGGAUGUCUUGAGGUAUUAACAUCAAUGAAGAGUUUAGAUUUUGAGACAAGGUUCCUAGUCGCUAAAGAAUGUAUUAAUAAAGUUUGUGAAGCUGCAGGCCUAAAAACUGCUGACAAAAAAAGGAAGGUAGACAAAAAAAUGUUAAGACUUAUAGGUGAUCAUCCAAUAAUGGACCAUGCGGGAUCUAAUGUAACCUUAUCUAUAUCAAGUACUUGCUUGACAUUAAAGUUACGAGAUACACAUGCAGUAAUUUCAACUCAUGACAUGCCAAGAAUAUCAUUUGCAUCGGGAGGUGAUACUGACACAAUAGAUUUUGUUGCUUUUGUAGCAAAAGAUAUAAAAGACUGGAGAGCAUGUUAUGUAUUAGAAUGUGGAGAAGGUGAAUUGGCUCAAGAUGUAAUCACUACUAUUGGUCAAGCAUUUGAUUUACGUUUUAAACAGUUUUUGACUAAGCCAGCUUCUGUUAUGAGUUCAAGUACACGAGAUGAACGUGAAUAUUAUAAUGACUUACCUGGGAAGUCACCUCCAGAUUCUGGACCUCCUCCAGUACCACCUCUUCCCUCAAAUCAUGAUCAUCGAACAAGGGAGCGAUUGGUUUCCAAUAACUUAAUAGAUUUAAACUGUGAAGCACCUCCACCUCUAGCACCACAUCUAGCUCAUAACUAUGUCAAUGAUUUUGUAGUAGGCAAUAAAAACCAAAACUCUCAACCACGAGACGUAUUUGAUAUGCAGCCUUUUGUGGAUAAUGAGCCAAUACCAGUCACGGUUCCCAAACUUCAAGAUGAAAUUUGGUUUCAUGGGAGUAUUACGAGACAACAUGCUGAAACCUUAUUAAAGCAUGAUGGCGACUUUUUAGUGAGAGAGUCACAGGGAUCUCCUGGGCAAUAUGUUUUGACUGGUUUACAAGGAGAUGUUAAAAAACAUUUACUAUUAAUCGAUCCUGAAGGAGCAGUAAGAACAAAAGAUCGCAUAUUCGAAAGUGUUAGUCAUUUAGUCAAUUAUCAUAGUGAAAAUAAGCUACCCAUAAUGUCAGCUGAGAGUGCUCUUAUUUUAAGAAAUCCAGUUCCACAUACUCGAUUUUAAGGAA